AAUGGCUCCGGUCAAAUGAUCCGCUUCAGCGGUAAUUCUCGUGUUUAACGGAUAGAAAGGCCGAUACCGGCAGGUUUUUACAGGUUUUACCAGGCCGAAGCAGCCGUUAAAUACAGGAAGUCUUAAAAGAAUGAAUGUUUGAGGAUGGAUGGACGGAGACAGCACCACAGAUACCACUCAGUUAGGAAUAACUGGAGAGUAUAUGACAGGAGGGACAUAUGUCUUGCAGACCCAGGAUGAUGAUGGGGAUGAAAGUUUCAAUGACCAUGAGGAUGGCAACGGCAGUAAAGACCAUUUCCGAGAGCAGGACAUCUACCUUCCCAUCGCAAAUGUUGCCCGCAUCAUGAAGAAUGCCAUCCCACAGACUGGAAAGAUAGCAAAGGAUGCAAAAGAGUGUGUGCAGGAGUGUGUGAGCGAGUUCAUAAGCUUUAUCACAUCUGAGGCCAGCGAGCGAUGCCAUCAAGAGAAACGCAAGACCAUAAACGGAGAGGACAUCUUGUUUGCUAUGUCCACUCUGGGUUUUGACAUGUACGUGGAGCCGCUUAAACUCUACCUGCAGAAGUUCAGAGAGGCAAUGAAGGGUGAGAAAGGCAUCACUCCGGUUACAGUCAGCGAAGGCCUUGGAGAAGAGCUUACAGAUGACAGUUUCACUGGUCAGUUGCCUGCAGGACUGAUCACUGCUGAUGGCCAGCAACAGAAUGUGAUGGUAUAUACCACCUCAUACCAGCAGAUCCCUGGCAUUCAACAGAUACAAUUCUCAUGACCGAAGACCGGCCCGACUUAUAUCUAGUAGCCUGUCCAGUGUCCAGACAGACUUAUCUCUUGCCUUGCAAAGUUUUCAGGUCAGUGCUGGAAGACCAAGAGAUGCCUGGUUACCAGAGCAGGAACAAAAGUGCCUGCUGCCAGGAGGCUGAUUUGAUCUUAAGUGAUGUCUUGUAAUUCAUUCAGUAUUAUAUUUAGGCCAGUUUGUUUUGAAUGGUCGGCUUGGUACAGGCCGAACCAAAUUAUGACUUUUUUUGGGCGGGGGGGGCGGUUCCUUGUAUUUAAUCAUUUUUAAAGUUUGGGAUGGGGCAGUGGCAAGAUAGAAAGGCCAUAUUGACAAUUUACAUUCCCAGAAUCAAGGGAAUUUUCAUUUGAUUUGACGUUUGGUCUUAAUUAACCUAUUGAACUGACAUUGUUAUGCUGAUUCUUU